GACCGUUAGGUUGGUGACGUCACGGCGAGCGCGAGGAGCCGGAGUGAGGCAGAGAGAGCGGCGUUGCUAGCCUGUUUGUUUGUUUGUUUGUUUGUUUGUUUGGAGGCAGAAUAAAGGGAGUUUAUUCGGUUCUGUGGACCUGAGCCCGUGUAGCUGUGUGCUGCAGGUGUGUCGCUAUGAAGCAGGCGGUGACGGCGGAGCAGAUCGCGCAGUGGUUCACUCUGGGAGCGCAGUUCGCUAAUGUCCGAAUCACUGAGGAGCCCAAAAAUACAGAUAAAACACACCCGCACGGAGAGGAGCAUGAGGACCAGAGUCCCGGUUACAGAAGCCCGGAGAAGGACGGAUCGGAGGGAGGAGUCGCGAGAAAGAGGAAGUCCGACCUCCUCGCCGGCGCCGGGGUCGCUCCUGUUCCUCUCGCCAGCUUUGAGUAUCCAGCACUCCCCAUCACCAAGAACAGGCAGGAGCUGAUCUCGCUGAUCGAGAGUAACUCUGUGGUGAUAAUCCGAGGAGCGACGGGAAGCGGGAAGACCACGCAGCUCCCCCAGUUCAUUCUGGAUUACUACACGGAGAAGAGCGCCCCCUGCAGCGUGGUGGUCACGCAGCCGCGCAAGAUCGGAGCCAGCAGCAUCGCACGCUGGGUCGCCCAACAGCGCAGGUGUACGCUCGGCAGCCUGGUGGGGUAUCAGGUGGGGUUGGAGAAGAUGGCCACAGAACACACUCGGCUGAUCUACAUGACCACAGGAGUGCUGCUGCGGAAACUGGUGGCAGCCAAGAGCCUCAUCGAGUUCACACACAUCUUUAUAGACGAGGUGCAUGAGCGGACGGAGGAGCUGGACUUCCUCCUGCUGAUGGUCAGGAAACUGCUGCACUCCAACUCACGCUUUGUUAAGGUGAUCCUGAUGUCAGCUACAAUUAACUGUGCGGAGUUUGCGGAAUACUUCGGUACUCCGAUCAGGAACCGGAUAAACCCGGCGUACGUGUUUGAGGUGGAGGGAGCGCCGUACACGGUCGAGGAGUUUUACCUGGAUGACCUCAAAACCAUCCUGCCCUUCAGAGUGGACGUGCCCCUCCCUGAUGACCCGUACAUUACAGUGGAGAUGUAUAAUGUUGCAGUGAGCCUCAUCCAGAGCUUUGAUGAGAUGGAGACUAAAGAACAAAGUCGUUUGGAGCAGGAUGGCGGUACGUCUCUCCCGGAGAGAGGCAGUGUUUUGGUGUUCCUGCCCGGACUCGCUGAGAUUCAGUACAUGCAGGAAGCUCUCGCUAAACUCGUCCGCAAAAGGUUGCAGGUGUACCCUCUCCACUCCACUGUGACGCUGGAGGAGCAGAACGGGGUGUUUUUAGUACCUGCACCUGGGUAUAGGAAGAUCAUCCUUUCCACCAACAUUGCAGAGAGUUCAGUCACAGUGCCUGAUGUCAAAUAUGUGAUCGACUUCUGCUUGGUGCGUCACCUGGUAUGUGACAAAGAGACGAACUACCAGUCUCUCCGUCUCACCUGGGCAUCCAAGACCAACUGUAACCAGCGGCGAGGUCGAGCGGGUCGCGUGUCUAAAGGAUUUUGUUAUCGCUUGGUCACUAGAUCUUUCUGGAACAGUGAGAUUCCAGAGUACACCAUUCCCGAGAUGCUGCGUUCUCCUUUAGCCAAUACCCUGUUAAACGUGAAGUUGUUGGAUAUGGGCGAUCCGCGCUCUCUGCUCUCCACGGCGCUCACACCCCCAAACCUGGACGACAUCGAGAGAACCAUCCUGCAGCUCAAAGAGAUGGGCGCUCUCUCGGUGUGUAGCAGCAGUAGGAAGCGGUUUGAUGGCGAUUUAACGUUUCUGGGUCGGGUUCUCGCUCACCUCCCCGUGGAUCUGCACUUCGGGAAGCUCAUCGUCCUCGGACACGUCUUCGGCUGCCUGGAGGAGUGUAUCAUCACCGCUGCCGCUCUCUCUCUGAAGAGUUUUUUUGCAAUGCCGUCCCUGCAGCAGCUUCCAGGUUACCGGAGUAAGCUGUCAUUCGCUCAGGGAGUGCCCAGCGACCCCAUUGCCUUUGUUCAUGCCUUCAAGGCCUGGUACACCUCCAGAGCCAAAGGAGAGUUUAGACGCCCAAAGGAUGAGCUGGAGUGGGGCAAAGAGAACUGCAUUCAGAUCAAACGGAUACGAGAGGUGGCUGAGUUGUUUGAGGAUCUGAAGAAUCGAGUGUCGCAGUUCAACAUGCACAUCAGAGAAACUUCCUCUCCCUCAGACUACACCAGCAAACACACACAGAAAUUCAUACUGCAGGUGGCGAUCGCAGGCGCGUUUUAUCCGAACUACUUCCUCCAGGGAACUGUGGACGAGGAGCUCGCCUCCAAGGAACUCUCCGGAAAUGACCCCAGGACCACUGUACUGGUGCGUAAUCUCCCUCCAUUUGCAUUCCUCUACUAUAAACAGCUCCAGUCUCUCUUCAGACAGUGUGGUCAGGUCAAAUCCAUCUCCUUUGACUACUCCAGGGCCUAUGUAGAGUUCUACCGCUCGUCACUGAGAGGUUCAGGCGUUCUCCCAGAGGUCUCUCUGUCUCUCCUCCUCGCUCAGCAAAGACUUCCUCUCUAUCUCCACGUUUAUCCUGCUGAAGAGGUGGAGACUCGGGCAGGGGGGCAGAGUGUCUCACAUCUCAGAUACGCACGGGUGAAUGUGGAUUUUCAGAAUCAGUGUGUGAGCCCUGUCGGAGUUCUGAGCAGCUCCAUCGAGCCGGAGAAACUUCCGUCUAACCGUGUCUUCAUCGUCAAUAUCACCGAGGUCAUCGAAGUGGGGCAUUUUUGGGGUUUCCAGGCUGACGAGGCGAGUCUGGAGAAACAGAGGAGGCUGACGGCGGCCAUUAAUGCGCGGGAGCUCCGCCCACUUCCUGUGUCACUUUAUCCAAACCUUCUGUGUCUCGCCCCUUUCUCUGACACACACACCGAACCGGGCAACUACUACAGAGCCAAAAUACUGCACGUCAUGGGGAGUAAUGUGGAGGUGUUCUUUGUGGACUUCGGAAACACUUCCAAGGUGCCGUGUAACUCUCUGAGGGAACUUCCUGCUGAUCUGCAAGCUCUGCCCUUUCAGGCUCAGGAGUUCAGCGUGGCGUGUUUGGCUCCAUCGGCACAGUCGGUGAUUCUGGGCAACCACUGGAGCAGUCGAGCUCGGAACCGCUUCAUCACGCUCGUGCACGGCCGCUCGCUCAUCGUCACGCUCUACUCCAUCCUGUACGGCGUUAUGCGCGUCCAUCUCCACGUCUCCAUGGAAACGGGGGACGUCAGCGUGGCAGAUUUGCUCGUGCAAGAAGGCCACGCUCGACCCGCACCCGAGAGCUUCGAAAGCAAGCAGUCCCAUGAGGUUCUGAUGGCUCUGUAUCAGGACCUGAAGGAGGGAACGUUCACUCCAAGCUCCACCAGUAGCUCCUGGAAAAACCGUAAAGAGGAAGAGAAGCGGCUCAUCGACAGUCUGCUGCUGUCCUUCUCUAAAUCCAGCCACAGCGCCCCCAAGUGCAAGGUUCCAGUUCACGGCCCUUCCUCUCCUCACAAGGUCACAUUCCACAGCAUGAACGGCGCCCCACACUUCAGGUCAGUUGCUAUUGACAGAAACAGCAUUAACUCUGUGCUGGUGAACGAUCAUCCACACGACCAUCACGACAGGAUGCUGGUGGCCGGGUCUGUCUCUCUCAGUGCCUCAGGUGUGAGUAUUUUGCUAAAAGAGACGACCCUGAUGCCUCAGAUCCAUGGCCUUCCUGCCAUCAUCACCAUGCUCUUCACCCCCAUCAUGGAGCUACGCACUGAUGAGGAGCGGACCUGCUUCACUGGAGCUCUGUGUGGUUUGGGCUCCAACUCCGACUCCCAUGAGGCCGUUCUGCCGGAGCACGACAUUGAGAUGGCCUUCGAUGUGAAGUUUGAUGUUGAUGACAUUGCAGAGAUAAACGCACUGAGAGAAGCGAUGAACCGGUUGGUGUGUGAGGGUCCGAACGGUCUCCUCCAUCUCGGCCCGGAGAGAAUCAGCUCGCUGCAGGACGAUGCUCGAGAUCGACUCCUCAGGCUGUUCUGUAAAGCUCCCCCCAGAGAGGACCGCACACCUGUUUACUACGACAAACCCAAAAAAUGGAACCAGGUCGACCCCUCCCAGCAGAUGGAGGUUGUGCAGAAGGGUGACAGCAGAAUUAAAGGUGUUUUGUUUCAGCUGCACCCUAUAACUCUGCUGAACAUGUGAGAGUUUUGUGUUAUAAUAAUGUUUGUUUCCUGAUUUUACUGCAGAAUAACUGACUGGCAGUGACUAGAUUUAUAUAAUUUUCUCUGAUUAUGUUGGACUGCAGUUGUUGCUCCUGUCCACUAGGUGGCACUAGUGUUUAUGUUGGUCAAUAAAUAAUGGAGUUUGUUACGCA